CAGACUCAUCUGCGUCCAAAACACCAGCAACUCGGGCGCUGAUCUAGAUCUACCUAAAAAGGUGGCAGUGCACAUUGCUAUCCCUUGCUCUUACACUUCUCGAUACGGCAUACAAUCACGGAACCGACUGCCUGUGGAAAUGAUUACAGACUGCCACAUCGACACAACAGCGAGAAAUGCAACUGGAGGAUUGGCUAGAUGACCUUUGUGUCCGAUUCAUCAUCAACUUGCCCCCGGAAGAGCUCCAGUCCGUAGAGCGAAUAUGCUUCCAAGUCGAGGAGGCACAAUGGUUCUACGAAGACUUCAUUCGUCCCCUUGAUCCGUCACUCCCUUCUCUUUCGCUACGCGCCUUUAGCCUACGGAUAUUUCAACAUUGUCCGCUGUUUUCACAAUGGUCUGCUCAACACCAUACGACCGCCUUUGCGGAAUUCCUGGCCUACAAAUCAAGGGUGCCAGUCCGCGGCGCCAUCAUGUUGAACGAGGCUAUGGAUGAGGUAGUCCUUGUCAAAGGCUGGAAAAAGGGUGCCAAUUGGAGCUUCCCCAGAGGAAAAAUCAACAAGGACGAGAACGAUCUGGAUUGCGCGGUGCGCGAAGUCUACGAAGAAACGGGCUUUGACAUCCGUGCAGCAGGUUUGGUUAAAGAUGAAAAGGAUAUGAAAUAUAUUGAGGUUACCAUGCGAGAACAGCAUAUGAGGCUGUACGUCUUUCGUGGCGUACCGAAGGACGUUCAUUUUGAACCCAAAACUCGAAAAGAGAUCAGCAAGAUCGAAUGGUAUAAAUUGACGGAUCUGCCCACUCUGAAGAAAAAUCGUCAGCACGAAGGCAGCGGCACAGAUCAGCCAACGAUGAAUGCCAACAAAUUCUACAUGGUGGCACCCUUCUUGAACCCUCUCAAGAAAUGGAUCGCCCAACAGCGAAAGAAGGAAAACAGAUACAGUUCCCAUCUGGCGGCACCACCGAUGGUGCCCGAGGAGAUUACAACUGAGGAUGAUCAAGACAUGCAUGACGUCGGCGCAAACUUACCUCUACCAUUGCAUACUGUGAGCGACCUUCCCGAAGUCACUGCGGCAGACAAAUUUGAUCCUACAUCACACUUGAAACAAAUGCUCAAUAUCGGAACCGGACAGCCUACCCAACAAGAAGUCCCACAGGCUAGCCACAUGCAGCAUGUUGAUGCUCAAAAGUCGAACGCUCUCCUCGCCCUGUUACGCAACCCGCCGCAAGGACAGAGCCGUCCUAUACCUCAGACACCAUUCGAACAAAUAACCACGGCGCCACCGUCUCAGCAAUCGCCACAUGUAUCUCAUGUACGCCAGCCUCAGAUGAAUCAAAAUCGACCUCCUCCACCAUUCCAGCCACCUGUAUCCCAGCCUACACAGGAUAGCACCACAAUACCCAAGACCACGCAGUGGCAACCACCACAAUUACAGAGCGCACCAUAUCAACGGACUGGUGACCCACAAUUCGCGCUGCAAGGGAACAACAAAUCUCGGCAACCUAUCGUUCCUCCAGCAAGUGCGUUACCGAAGCUCACGAACCAUACAAAAGCAUUGUUGGAUGUCUUCAAAGGAACGGGCAACAUGGCUCCUCCCCCACCCGUGCCGUCGAAGAACGGGUUGCUAGAGCUUCUCACUGGCGGAGGAUCCCUCGCGAAAGCCAGUCCACAAAUUCAAGCUACGACAGGAAAGGACUUGGCCAAUUUGGCGAAUCGUACGCAGGAUCUGAACUUGGAGCGAUCAAAAACAGGCCACGGCUUUGAGCACAGCUUCGAACAGAGGGUUAAACAUCAAAACCUCGCCACUCCGCCGAGCGCUCAUCCCGCCAAGGCGGAUAAGACAUCUCUGUUGGACCUCUUUACGAGGCCUGAUCAACCAGGACAGGCUGUAGAAGAGAACCCCCCAAGUCAAGUCCCUGUUGAACUGGCUGCUACUCACACGAAGUCGUCAUCCCGACAGAAAACGGACGAUAACAAGAACGAACUGCUUCUGUCGCUUCUCAGGAAGGACCAUCAAGAGGGGCAAGUGCAAGCAAGAUCUAUGAAGCAGAAGUUUAUUAAAGAAGGCGAAACUUCAGCUACCAUCAACGGGCCGCUAAAUCAACCCGAGUUCGAGGCCAUCUCUAGAGCAAGCAGGCAAAUGUCAAGCGAUAUGGGACGAACUCCACUCACGUCCCAUAGGACACUAUAUGAUCCCAAUCAGCCAACGCCGAUGAAGAUCUUGACACGAUCAGAUGAGGCUCAUCAACAGUUUACACCACCGCGGUCUCCUCGCAGCAUGAAGCCACCGCCGAAGAGAGCAGCCAAGGAGAAGGUGUCACAGAAGCCCUCUAACAAGCCAUUUCAACCGCAGAUACUGCGUCGACCUCAAACAGCAGAUUCAUCUGAGCCAGAGUCAAGUGCGAAUGGGACCAGAGUCGAGCAGGAAAUCCAGACCAACGCCAUCUCAUCUCCACCGAUCCCUGAUUCCUCGAGUCUUCAAGAAAGGCAGCCUUUGAGUCGACAAUCCUCGCAUCCCAGUGCUCAGAAGCAAGCGUUGCUAUCGCUCUUCGGUGGUGGUGUAGACACCACGCCUAAGGCAUAUGCAGUCCCAUCUGGGUCAGGCGUAGUGUCACCAUUAUCAACUAGUCAGCUCAUGACAUCUAAUGGCGAGAUCUUGCCGCCUGGUGUCGAACCCAUAUCAACCCGUACAUCACGAGUUGGGAGUCUGGCCUCGAUCACCAGUGGACCGGUUACUAAUCGUGUAACCAACGAGAAACGGCAGACUGGAGCAGAAAACAAGGCCUUUUUACUGGGAUAUUUGGGAAGGAUCGCUAGCCAGGAGAGCCAGGAAUGAGUGAUUUGCGGGCAAGGAAUAACGACGUCAGGCGAGGAUGAGGGCAAGGGUCGGAAGCGGUCAAGGUCGAUAUGUUGCAUAUUCCAGCGAGCCAGUCAGAUUGUACCAAAGUACUUCAAAUCAUCAAGCAUUGUUUCUUGGGCCCCAGCGCUCUA